CUCUCGAAAGAAAAAACUAGGUCUAUAAAUAGAGCUUGGAUUUUCGAUCCUUCUCAUUUCAGGGGGAAAAAAGCGAUUUGUUCGAAGGUUCGAAUUGGAGCACAGGAAAAAAAGUUUUAAGAAAACCGUCGUUGAUCGAUUGUUAACGCCGAUCACCCGUUCGGGAGCUGAAAGUUCGUUGUUGUUUUCUGUCAAAUUCUAUUGCUGAUUCAUUGAAUUUCAAUUAUUUCAUCUGUGUUUACUCCUCUGUCACUUGUUUUGUGUAUUAUUUGCGUUAUUUUCUGUAGGUAACGUGCAUGUUUCUUUUCUCUCUCUAAUUUUUGUAUGCUGUUCUGUUUGAGGUUCUGAUUCUAAAUAAUGCGAGUCGUGAAUUCUGUGAAAUUUUAGAUUUUUAGCUGUUGCUUGUGUUGGUUGUGACAUGAUCAACUCUAUUUAGCUGACUACCAUGUUGUGCUCUGCGGUUAAGAUACUCGUUUAUGAUCUUAGAAGCUAUUACUUUUACUUAGUGAGAUGGAGAGUGACAUUUUUUAGUGGUAGUCAAUGACGUAAUUCUAUAGGAUAUUACGUUUGGAAUAAGCACCUUCAACAUUGUGAAAGGAGAGGAACAUUAAGGGAGGUUUGAGCUUUCAAGGCUUAUUUAUAAGAAGUAUAUGUGUUUAAAUUAUUCAGGUUAAGAUAGUUGGGAAUCUUAUAUAAAGAAUAGGGAUAUAUGUGAGACAGUGAAAGGUUGAGAGGUUAACAAUUUAGGAGGAUCAACUUGGAUGAGUGAUUUGGCAUGUUCUGUUCCGUUUGGAAAUGCCCAAAUCGUGGUUUGGGCUCAAGGCUUUGCUCUGACCAUGGUUUUGGAGUUUCAGACGGAAAUCCGAACAUGUUUUGUUAGUUUAGAAAGCUUCGAUGAAGAAGUUUUUUGCAGGGAAAUGCAGUUUGCAAGAAAGUGAAGCACCCAGUUGCAGAUACUAGGACUUGCAGGGACACUGGUAGUUAUUAUUUUGAAGGGGUGAGUGGCGAUUAGAUCUUUGUUGCUUUAGCCAUGUUGUGAGAUGCCGCUUGUAAUCUGUUGUGAGAUGCAGCUUGAAGCCUUAUAGCCGUGUCCUUAUACUUAUGCUACCUUAUGGUUCGUUAUAUGCUACACGAGUUCGAUACAGCUUGAAGCCAGUUUUGAUGAUGUGAAGUUUGUAACUGGAGCUCGCCUUUCGCCUGAUCUGUAGAAACUAUCCUAUUGUUUCUCUGCCCCACCCACAAUUAAUAGUAAAAAGGUUGGCUUGAUGCUACGCCCAUUGUUUGACCUCACAUUUGAAUAGUUGACCUGCUCUCUUCCGUGCCAAUCUUCCUUCUUUCUUCUUCCAGCCUUCAUUUUUGUCUAGGCUAGUAGAAGAAACGACCCUGCUGCUGCACCCCCAAUAUGGAUAACCUACCCUUGGUUAUUGUCUUGGCAGUGAACGAGUUCUUCAGUGUCAACUGCCAAGUGACCUAGCUAACUAUGUAACGAAGAGAAAAUUUCUAAUAAGACAAGGAAUCCACCAAGGUGCUGGAGAUAUGAAGUUCUGUUAGGUAAUUGCUAUUGUUAAGUGUCUGUUCAGGUAGGAUUAUCUGUUCAGGUGGAAUCCAAUACACUUCUGCCUAUUAAGGUUGGAGUAUCUAUUGGUUGGCUCAACUAUAGUUGGAUUUGGUUCUGGGACUGGGACUCGAGAGUUCUUCAAGAAAUCAAGUGAUCAUUCUGCUGUUGGUUUCUAUUUACAUCUGGCAGCUGCAAGUUUCCCAGUGCCAACUUAUAGUAAUAUAUGGAAUUCUUGUAGAUAGACUAAUUUUCAAUUGCUGAUUGGAGCUGCAUGAUUCAAUUUGUGUUGUUGUUGGUCCGCGGCAGUGUAGAAGAAAGCAACAAUACAUUCGGUGUUUACCUGGCUUGAUGGGGUGACUGAGUAUGCCUUUAGAAGUUUUAGGAUUAUUUCUAAACAUGUCCCUACAUGCAGGUCCCUAAGCUCACUCACUGCUUCUAGAUAUUUGGUAAUAUUAUCCGAGGUAUAAUGGGAGAGGUGGCAGUAAUGCGCUCUGAGCCACUGCAGUUUGAGUGCAAUGAUAUGAAGCAUCUGACAGAGGGAGACGCUUAUGCCACAGAAUCAAAUGCAGAGAUUGAUCAUAGGGAAGAAUCCAGCCAAUCAACUGAUCAUGAAAAGACUAAUGACUUGCGUGAGAAAGGAUACAUGGAGUACGGAUGUCAACAUUACCGGAGAAGAUGCUGUAUCAGGGCCCCUUGUUGCAAUGAGGUUUUUGAUUGCCGCCACUGUCACAAUGAAGCAAAAAAUGAUAUCAGCAUUGACCAGAAACUUAGACAUGACAUUCCGCGCCACCAAGUCAAACAGGUGAUAUGUUCACUUUGUGGGACAGAACAAGAGGUGCAGCAGAACUGUAUCAAUUGUGGUGUAUGUAUGGGCAAAUACUUCUGUGAAACAUGCAAGCUCUUUGAUGAUGAUGUAUCGAAGCAACAAUAUCAUUGCGAUGGAUGUGGAAUUUGCAGAACUGGAGGACGUGAGAAUUUCUUCCACUGCUACAAGUGUGGUUGUUGCUAUUCAAUCCUGCUAAAAGACGGUCACCCUUGCAUUGAAGGAGCAAUGCAUCAUGAUUGCCCCGUUUGUUUUGAGUAUUUGUUUGAAUCCAGAAAUGAUGUCACUGUUAUGCCCUGUGGACAUACAAUCCAUAAGAGCUGCUUGAAGGAAAUGGGAGAACAUCACAAAUAUGCAUGCCCUCUGUGCUCAAAGUCGGUGUGCGAUAUGUCGAAGGUUUGGGAGAAAUUUGACUUGGAGAUGGCUGCUAUAUCGAUGCCUGAACCAUAUCAGAAUAAAAUGGUUUGGAUCUUGUGCAAUGAUUGUUGCAAAACAUCUCGAGUUCAGUUCCAUUUUGUGGCUCAAAAAUGCUUGAACUGCAAAUCCUACAACACACGACAGAUCCGAGGCCGAGACUGCUGAAGCAAGUGUGGGUAUAUUUUGAGUUGGAAGUCUAAAUCUGAUUUCACUGGAGAGUCCUGUGAACUCAAAAAUGUCAAGUGAAGAAGUAAUGCACUUUGUGGGAAUUGGAAAACUGCAUGCUGAUCCAAUAUUCAAUAGGAAGGACAAGUUUAUGCCUAGGGGAAUGAUCCGAGUCAGAUAAUUUGUUUACUAAUAGUGUCGUGUUGGAAGAGAGAGGAGGGGGGGGGGGGGUUUCAGGUUGUAG